UACGUAUCUAGGCGCGGCCGGCCCAUAACCGAUGGAGACAGACCAAAUCGAAUAGGUCUCUCGAAAAUCACUCCCUCCGUUUUGUAACAGAAAAUUUUCCCGGAAAAUUCCCGAUUUUCUAUAUUUCAGUUAGGGUUUUCAAACCCCACCCUUCACUACAGUUUUUUUCUACACCUCUUGUUAGUAGUUAGUAAUCAGAACUUCUCUCUUCUCCUUAGAAGCAAACAUAGAUCGAUCAAAGAGUCUGAAAUGAUGUUGAUUGUUGGUUUUACCUUCAUAGGGACGAUUUGAUGUCCGUCACAUAUGUAAAUUUAAUGUAUGGUUUUUAUGAUUUAUAUUUCAAUUCUGCGGUUUCUGGUUUUUAAUUUAGUAUGAAGUUAUAUAUUCUUGUUGAAGAUUAUGCCUAAGUCCAGUUGUUAGGAUGAAUUGUGUAAUUGAGAGGUAAUUAGGAAGUAGAUAGAUGUUUAUGAAGAGUAUUAUUGGGGAAAUCAAGGCAGAUAUAGGUUUAGAUAUGAAGUUUGGAUCGAGAUCGAGGUCUCGCCGUGUGGUUCAGGACAGUUCAGUGGCGGCGGCGGUUGUGGUUGCGACGACGGUGACACCGGUUGUGGAGAUUGAUGGGUUGAGGCAGAGUUGUUGGGCAAACAUGCCGCAGGAGCUAUUGAGGGAGGUGUUGAUGAGGAUAGAGGCGUCUGAAGAGAGUUGGCCGUUGAGGAAAAAUGUGGUUGCGUGCGCAGGUGUGUGCUCGAGUUGGAGGAAAAUAAUGAAAGAGGUUGUGAGGACGCCGGAGGUCUCUGGAAAAUUGACUUUUCCGAUAUCGAUUAAGCAGCCUGGUCCAAGAGAGUCUCUUGUCCAGUGUUUCAUAAAACGGAACCGAUCUACACAAACAUAUCGUCUUUACCUCGGUUUAACUCAAGCACUAGCUGAUGAUGGAAAAUUUCUUCUUGCUGCUCGCAAGUGUAGGCGCCCCACUCACACAGAUUACAUCAUCUCUAUGCAUGUGUGUGACUUGUCAAAAGGAAGCAGCAGCUACAUCGGAAAAUUGAGAUCAAAUUUUGUUGGAACCAAGUUUGUAAUACAUGAUGUGCAGCCACCCCAUGAGGGUGUCAAGAUGACUAAGAGUCGCUCCACUAGGCUAGUAGGCUCGAGACAAGUUUCCCCUUGGGUUCAUGCAAGCAAUUACCAAGUUGCUCACAUCUCAUAUGAGUUUAAUGUGUUGGGAUCCAGAAGCAGGGGUCCUAGGAGAAUGCAGUGUAGCAUGGAUGGCAUCCCAGCCUCUGCUAUUGAACCUGGAGGAAUGGCCCCCACACAGACUGAGUUCCCCAUUAGCAAGCUUGAUUCCUGUCCAUCACUACCAUUUUUCAGAUCAAAAUCAACACGCAUGGAUAAUUUCCUAACUGGACCUUUGGCUGGUGAGAGAGAUGCACUGGUUUUGAAAAAUAAGUCUCCUAGAUGGCAUGAACAGCUCCAAUGCUGGUGUUUGAACUUUCAUGGGCGGGUAACAGUUGCUUCAGUAAAAAACUUUCAGUUGGUGGCUUCCCCAGAGAAUGGACAGGCUGGGCCAGAACAUGAGAAAGUCAUACUCCAGUUUGGGAAAGUAGGGAAGGAUGUGUUUACCAUGGAUUACCGAUACCCUAUAUCGGCAUUCCAGGCAUUUGCAAUCUGCCUUAGCAGCUUUGAUACCAAGAUUGCUUGUGAAUGACAUGGACUAACAGCUGUCUAGAUUUCGUGUUGCUGGACCUCAAGAUAUUUUCCAAGUUGUGAAAGGUUACACUGAGAAGGUAAUAAAACGUUCAGCAAAAUCAUUCCACUGUUGGGCAUGUUAUGUUGAUCAAUGCAUAGAAGAUGCUGUGUGUCAAGAGGUUUUCACCUUUGGCUUUCAUCUUGAUAGCUUUUGUCCCUCUUGAGAUGCAGGGAAAGGACUGGAAUGCAUGAAACUUUGGCAGUAUUGAAGUUUUAUUAUUUAUGUUUGCUUUGUAUUUUUACUUUUGUUUCUGUACAUAACAACAACUAUUUCUAUAAUAAUCUUGUCCUACCUUGUGGAUUGUUCCUAUAUAAAAUUUGUCCCUACUCUUA